AUGAUCAUUGCUGGGGUGCAACGAACGCGAAUUGGCAGCACCUGCGACGCCGGCGCAGGCCUUCGGCGGCGGAAGCCACUGCCGCCCUUCCUCUACAGGGAGGCCAUUGGCCCAUUCCUGCGCUUUGAGAGCCUCCUACCGAACAUGCUUUAUGCUUUUGGUGGGCGGAAUCAAGAGGAGGGACCCCUUGACACGGUGGAGAUGUUCAAUACCUUCCAUGGCCAGUGGGUGCCGGCGCCGGCCAUGCCCAAGCGCCGUGCCGGCAGCGCUGCGGCGCUGCUGGCCGACGGCCGCAUGAUGAUCAUCGGCGGGUACACGGAGCAGGGCAUCGCGCAGGGCCUUUUGUCCAGUUGCGACCUCUACGAUCCUCAGACUGGCUCUUGGAUUGAGGACGGUGCUGCUCCUUUGACACGUGCGCGAUGGGGACAUGGCUGUGCCUCAUUGCAGGGUAAGGUCUAUGUGGUGGGUGGCUGUUCCUUGCAGCUGGAAGCACAGGCCGCUGAGGCCUUCAUGGUGACCUUGCGGCACUGUGAGAUCUACGAUCCAGACCAGAACAGGUGGACGCCGACGGGGCCUCUACAGAUUGCUCGAUCGGGCACCCGCGUGGUCGCUCUAGAUUCCAGCCACCUGGCCGCCAUCGGCGGCUGCGAUGACGUCUUCGGCCGCGCCGAGACGCAGCCCACCGUGGAGCUGUAUGACGCGCAGACGGAGGUGUGGUCAGUUCUCUCCCACCGCUUGAUCCACCCCAGGACGCACCCGCAUCAACGCGCGGCGCGGGUGCCCGACCGAAACCGAAGGUAUGGAGAUGGAGAGCCACAUUGGGAGCUGAUGAUGCCCAAGGCCGAGGAUGAGGAGCUGGGAUAUCCGCCCUGCUUGUUGACGCACAUUGGAAAGUUCGCACCGUACAGCAGCAAGCUGAAGGUUGAAGAGACAGGGUCUUCGCCCUCCACGGCCUCCGAGUUGCGCUUGGUCGAGGAGACGCCCACGGGCAGUAGUCUCUCUGACUGGCGGGACAUGUCCCCCAUGAAGGUGCGUCUCCCGGACAGCUAUAGCGGGACCAAGGAGCCCAUCUCCUCGGUUUACCCUGUGCGUAUCGACCGCGUGGAGAAGACGCGACCUUCUCAGGAUGCCACCCGAGAGCCCUUGCCCAGUCUUGCGGCCUGGGCACAAGCUGAGGCUCGCGCCGGGCGCUUCACUUGCCUCAGCACCACUCCAGAGCUCACCAGGCCUGCGCCACCGGCCUACCCGCCUCCGACCUGGCCAUGCCAGUUCGAGGCCCCACCCCUGCCGAUGCCUCCGCUGCCUCCUCAGUCCGCCGACAGGGACUAUGAGCCCACGCUUCCACCAGCGCGACUCCCGGGCACAGGGAAGAAUGGACACUUCAUGUGCAAGUUCGUGUUCAAUGGCUUUGACGCAAACAAUCAUGCAGACUUCGAGUUGGUGCCGCGCCUGAUCGGUCGCAAGGGAUGCAACUUGCGCCCGAUCUCCCAAUCCUGCCGAGGAAAGAUCCGCGUCACUGGAUGGGAUGGCUCUCACACUGGCAAGAUCCAGACUGGUCGAUCCGCGGAGUCUCCGGUGGAGGUCACCCUCUCGUGCCAUGACCAGGAGAGCUUGGACGAAGGAAUCCGCCAGCUGAACAUCCACCUGGAGGAUCUCAGCCAGCACUUCUCUCGUUAUUGCUACAAACGUGGGAUUUCCCCGGUGCCCAACUUGUAUUGGGCUCAGCUUGUCAGGGACAUCACGCGGGCGUCGGCGCGCGCGGCGGCGCCAGAGCCCGGUAUGGAGAGUCACAUUGGGUCUGACUUGCUUCAUGAGCUGAUGCCCAAGGUCGAGGAGGUGGAGGAGCUCGGACAUCCGCCCUGCUUGUUGACACACAUUGGAAAGUUUGCCCCGUACAGCAACAAGCUGAAGGCUGACGAGACAGGGUCUUCUCCCUCCACGGCCUCGGAGCUGCACCCGGUGGAGGACACGCCCACCGGCAGCAGUCUCUCUGACUGGCGUGACAUGUCUCCCAUGAAGGUGCCUCUCCCGGAGGACUAUUGCGGGACGCAGGAGCCGCUCUCCUCCGCGUACCCCAUACGCAUCGACCGAGUGGAGAAAACACGACCUUCCACGGACGCCACCCGAGAGCCUUUGCCCAGCCUGGCAGCUUGGGCACAAGCUGAGGCUCGCGCCGGGCGCUUCACCUGCCUCAGCACCACUCCGGAGCCCACCAGGCCCUCGCCGCCCGGCCUGCCGCCAACAGCCUGCCCAUGCCAGUCCACGCCGAUUCCGGCGCCGCCGGCCUACCCGCCGCCGGCCUGGCCAUGCCAGUUCGAAGCCCCCAGCCUGCCAAUCCCUCCGCUGCCUCCUCAGUCGGCCGACGGGGACUACGAGCAGACGCCGCGACAUGGGCGACCGACGAGCGCUUUCACAGGCGACCGCACAGGGAAGAGCUUGCCCUUCGCAUGCAAGUUUGUUUUCAAUGGCUUCGAUCCCACGAAUCAUGCAGACUUCGAGCUGGUUCCACGCCUCAUCGGUCGCAGGGGAUGCAACCUGCGCCCGAUCUCCCAAUCUUGCCGAGGGAAAAUCCGUGUGACUGGAUGGGAUGGUUCUCAGUCAUCGAAAUCUUGGCAAGCAAGCCGCUCAGAGGAGUCGUCUUUGGUGGAAGUGACCCUCUCCUGCUAUGACCAGGAGAACUUGAAUGAAGGAAUCCGCCAGCUGAACAUCCUCUUGGAAGAUCUCAGCAACCACUUCUCUCGUUAUUGCUUCAAGCGCGGUAUCAACCCGGUGCCCGACUUGUACCAUUUGCAGCUGUGA